AUGCAAUUUUCGCGAAGGCAUGGUCCGAAAAUCUUUCCGGUAAUUUUCUCCAGUAUUCCCCUUUCCUUCAAUCUUUUCGCUUCUGACAUCCAUCACGACUCGCAUCUUUCCUUCGUCUCGUCUCAUCUCGCUUCUAUUCUCACUCUCGUUCUGCUUGCUUCCAAUCUAGUCCCGUCUCUCUUCUUGCAUCCAUUCUCGUCCCGUCUCUCUUCUUGCCUCCAUUCUCGUCCCGUCUCUCUUCUUGCCUCCAUUAUAGUCUCGUCUCUCUUCUUGCCUCCAUUCUCGUCCCGUCUCUCUUCUUGCAUCCAUUCUCGUCCCGUCUCUCUUCUUGCCUCCAUUCUCGUACCGUCUCUCUUCUUGCCUCCAUUCUCGUUCCGUCUCUCUUCUUGCCUCCAUUCUCGUCCCGUCUCUCUUCUUACAUCCAUUCUCGUUCCGUCUCUCUUCUUGCCUCCAUUCUCGUCCCGUCUCUCUUCUUGCAUCCAUUCUCGUCCCGUCUCUCUUCUUGCCUCCAUUCUCGUCCCGUCUCUCUUCUUGCCUCCAAUCUCGUCCCGUCUCUCUUCUUGCCUCCAUUCUCGUCCCGUCUCUCUUCUUGUCUUCAAUCUCGUCCCGUCUCUCUUCUUGCCUCCAUUCUCGUCCCGUCUCUCUUCUUACAUCCAUUCUCGUUCCGCCUCUCUUCUUGCAUCCAUUCUCGUCCCGUCUCUCUUCUUGUCUUCAAUCUCGUCCCGUCUCUCUUCUUGCCUCCAUUCUCGUCCCGUCUCUCUUCUUGUCUUCAAUCUCGUCCCGUCUCUCUUCUUGCCUCCAUUCUCGUCCCGUCUCUCUUCUUGUCUUCAAUCUCGUCCCGUCUCUCUUCUUCUGUCUAUUCACGACCCGUUUCUACUCUUUUGUUCAUUCACAUCCGUCUCUCUUCUUUGCUCUCCAUUCUCGUCUCGUCUCUCUUCUUCUCCCUCCCUUUCUCUUCCUUUUCUUCUUUCAUUUUUCUCCCUUCUCUAUAACUAUAUUCUUUCUUCCCCAGUCUCUCUCUCUCACACUCUCUCUCUCUUAAUCUCACUCUUCUUCUCGACAUGUUUGCAGAAGUACACCAAAUGGUCGCUCACGCAAAUCAUAAAUUAUUCAUUCUUUUUCCCUUCAUUUUCCUAUUCUUCUCAUCAUAAACGAAUCGCUGGCAGGUUUCCCCGACUUGUCUCCUCUUAUUAUUGUCCGUCCGUUCGUUCGUGUUUAACUUGUUAUUUUCCGUUCGUUCGUUCGUGUAUCCCUUGUUCUUGUCCAUCCGUUCGCGUCUCGCUUGUUCUUGUCCGUUCGUUCAUUCGUGUCUCACGUGUUAUUGUCUAUGCGUUCGUAUUUAGCUUAUUAUUUUCCGCCCGUUCGUUCGUGUCUCCCUUGUUCAUGUCCGCCCGUCCGUCCGUUCGUUCGUGCCUCCCUUUUUCUUGUUCGUUCGUUCGUUCACGUCUCCCUUUUUCUUGUCCGUCCGUUUGGUCGUGUCUCCCUUUUUCUUGUCCGUUCGUUCAUUCGUUCGUUUGUUCAUGUCUUCCUUGUUUUUGUCCGCUCGUUCGUUCGUGUCUCCCUUGUUUUUGUCCGUUCGUUCGUUCGUGUCUCCCUUGUUCUUGUCCACCCGUUCGUUUGUGUCUCCCUUGUUCUUCUCCGUCCGUUCGUUUGUGUCUCCCUUGUUCUUCUCCAUCCGUUCGUUCGUGUCUCCCUUGUUCUUCUCCGUCCGUUCGUUUGUGUCUCCCUUGUUCUUGUCCGCCCGUUCGUUUGUGUCUCCCUUGUUAUUUUCCGGCCGUUCGUUUGUGUCUCCCUUGUUCUUGUCCACCCGUUCUUUUGUGUCUCCCAUUGUUCUUGUCCGCCCGUUCGUUCGUGUCUCCCUUGUUCUUGUCCGUCCGUCCGUUCGUUUGUGUCUCCCUUGUUCUUGUCCGUCCGUUCGUUCGUGUCUCCCUUGUUCUUGUCCGUUCUUUCGUGUCUCACUUGUUCUUGCCCCUCCGCUCAUUCAUGUCCUGCGCGUUAUUGUCCGUUCGUCCCCGUUUAGCUUGCUCUUGUCCGCCCGUUCGUUCCUGUCUAGCUAGUAUUUCUAUCUCCGAUGGUCCACUUGUUCGUGCCUAUCUUACUGUUCUCCCGUCUUCUUGUCGGUUUGUCUUGGUAUCCAUCCGUUUCUUGUCUGCUUUUAUCUGUUCAUCUGAUGCCUUUUUUUUUUCAACCUACUGGAAAUCCAGUCAAUCUCUCUCACUCUUAGUCAUCCAUUCGUUCAUUCGCUUUCCUGUUUUCUCUCAAUCUCUCUCUCCCUAUCUUGUGUCUGUCAAUUUCUUCUCCUUCUCUCUUUCUCUUUGGGCUUUUGUCACUUUCUUAUCUCUCUAUCUCCUUGUCUGUCACUUUCUUCUCUCUCUUUGUGACUUUCUCUCUUUGCCUGUCACUUGUCUCUCCCUCUUUUUCACUUGCUGCCUGACACUUGUCUCUCUUCCUCUUGUUUGUCACUUGUCUCUCUCCCUUCCUCUUGUUUGUCACUUAUCUCUCUCUUUCUUUUGUUUGUCACUUGUCUCUCUCUUCUUGUCUGUCUGUCACUUUUCCCUCUCUUGUUUGAUGUCACUUACUUCUCUCUCUCUCUCUCUCUUGUUUGAAGUCACUUACUUCUCUCUCUCUCUUGUUUGA